UGGGCCAGGGCCAGGGUCCCGGGGCGCCCGGGCUCGGGGUGCUCGUCCCCCCGCGUCGGCGUCUCGGCUUGGCCCGGAGGCGCUGCGGGAACAACAAAUUAUUUCAUCUUCAAAGCAUCUUAGACUAAAACACUUCCAACUGUGUUGAAAAACUUAGGAGGGGACAAUUUUUCCUUUCAUUUGAAAGGAAUUGAAGAAAUAAAGUGGCAGAGGUUUAAAGUUAAUCUUCAAGAUGAAUGAUAAUUCAGAUGAAAAGACAAAAGAUGAGUUGCAAUCCUUAUUUAUCCAUGAUAAAAAUGGAGAUACAUAUGUGUUCAACCAGAAAUCACCACCUACACAAAACUCUUCAUCUGGUAGUGUGAAUUGGGAUUCUGCCAACCCAGAUGACAUGGUGGUUGAUUAUGAAAUUGACCCUGCUGUGGACAGUGGUAAAAGUAUUUCUUUAAACCAUCAGUGUGUUGAAGUACUUGAUCACCAAAGGUCUUCAAGUGAUUUCAUUAGUAAGCGAGUGUUAGAUAUUCAUAAAUAUUCCACUGGUCAGUCUUCUGCACUUGUUGUAAAUACAGAAAAGCCCAAGUAUCUGCAUAACAAUUGUCAUUCCCUAGAAUCAGUUGAAGACCAGAGUAUUGAUCCAUCUCUGCCUUUUGUGUGGAAGCCUAAUGAGGAUUUGAACCCUACAGACUACCCUGCUGCCUUGGAGCUAAACAAAACAUUUGACAUGAAAGAUAAAGUUAACUGCACCUUUAUACUACAUUAUGCUGUUGAAAAGAGUCAGUCUUUGCAUACCACUGGAAGUCUGCAGCCAUCUGUUAUAAGUGAAAAUACAUCUUCUUUAUCCUGUUCUGCUUGGACAUCAUCCCACUCUGACAAGAUGCAUACGAAAGGAACUAGUUGUGAAAGAGAAAGCUUCGAGAACUCUCAAGCCACAACAUCAGAGGCCCAAGACACAACUUACACAGUAUUUUCUGAUGUGGUGAUGCAAACUGACGUUUUUGUUCCAGAUAUUGGAAAUCAGUGUCAAUAUUCUUCAGGAAAGGUUGCCAGUGAGCACACAGAUGAAUCACAGCAAAGGCUAGUUGGAGAAAAAGCGAUACAAGCUCUAACACCAGUUUCUGAUGGCAUGGAAGUCCCCAAUGGCUCUGUGUUACAAGAGUUCUUUUGUUUAUCUAAAGAUGAACCAAACAGUGAGACACAUUCACAGAGUUUAUAUGGGCAAAAGGAAAUAGGCCAACAUCUAAGAGAAACAGUAUCCAGUUUUAAUGAAGAUGAAUGCUCUUUACUGGUGCCAACUUUUAAUAAAAAUAAAGCCCAAGUGCUGAACCCGGAGCAUAAAGUCACUGUGACUGAAGACACACAAAUUGCCUCCAAUGAAAAGGAUUUGGGAACCAAAAGUCAUACCAUAGAACUGAUGCUAAGUAGCCUGCCAGCACAAAAGGUGGCUUCUUCAUUUGAACAGACUUGGGAUGCAAAUGAUAUGGCCAGUAGCACAAAUAGCACAGUUUGCAUACCAGUCCUGGAACCCACAAAUGUAACUUUUUCUAUUUCACCUGUUGAAGCGACGAAGAAAUGUAAUAAAGUAGAGAAGAAUUAUCGAGAACUUAAAAUUUUACCAAACUUGAAAGGGGCAUUUAUGAACAUGUCUAAACCUAGUCUAGGAAAAUCAACAACCAAAACGAAUACCUCUAUCGGUAGCAAAGUUAGAAAAACUGAAAUUAUAAGUUAUCCAAGACCAAACUUCAAGAAUGUCAAGGCAAAAGUUAUGUCUAGACCAGUAUUGCAGUCCAAAGACCCUGCUCUGUCAAAGGUCUCACCCAAACCUCAGUUGUCCAGUGCCUUACCACCCUCAUCAGUGUCUUCCUCAAGACAGUUGACAGUUUUGAGCAAAACACCAAGAUCUGACUUGAAUGCAGACACAAAAACAGAAAUCCUAAUUAACAAGACGCAUAAGCAGCAAUUUACUAAACUCAUUACUGGCCAGGCUGUGCAUGUUCCAACUCAUUCUAAAAAUGCUUCACACAAGGUUCCAAGAACAACAUCUGCCAUGAAAUCGAAUCAGGAAGAUCUUGACAAAGCAGGUCCUUCUAAUGCAGCAUGCGAGACUGGGUCCGUAGCUACGUUUUUGCAGAAGAUCAAAGGUGUACUCCCUGGUAAAAUGGAAAGUGCAGAGUGUUUGGAAAUGACAUAUGUUUCCAACAUUGAUAGGGUUAGCCCUGAAAAGGAGGGUGAGAAAGAAAACGGGACGCUAAUGGAAAAACAAGAGCUAGCAAAGGAUAUUUUGAAUGAGACUUUUGAAUAUGGUUCUCUGUUUUCGGGUUCUGCUUCAAAGCCUGCAAGCACCUCAGGCAGGAAUGCAUCCAAGCCUGACUCCUGCAGUUUGAGGAGAACACCUGGUUCAAAAGCCAAAGUGGGUCCUUCUGUCUGCUGUUUGAGGCAGAACAGCGACAGCAGAAGUCUCAGUUCUGAUCGAACCUUAUCUCCUCAGAGGAUCAGGCGUGUGUCCACUUCUGGAAAACCUGCAUCCUUGAAAACUGCACCGCCGUACUGGGUGAAUUUGCCUCGACCACUUCCUAAAUCCAAAGCAUCUUUGAAAAGUUCUGCGCUGCGGAGGACAGGAAGCGCCCCCUCGACCGCCAGCACCCACAGCGAUCUGAGCACUUUCAGCAAUAAUUCUGGCCAUGCUGCUGUCAUCAAGUAUGAGGAGAAACCUCCAAAACCAGCAUUUCAAAGCAGUUCCUCAGGAUCCUUACAUUUGAAGCCUUUGGUACCCAGAGCUCAUGUACACUUGCUAAAAACUCCUCCGAAAGGUCCUUCAAGAAAAAAUCUAUUUACAGCUUUUAAUGUGGUUGAAAAGGGCAGGCAGAAGAAUCCUAGAAGUUUAUGUAUCCAGACACAGACGUCUCCAGAUGUGCUGUCUUCUGAAAAGACACUUGAAUUGGCACAGUACAAAACAAAAUGUGAAAACCAAAGUCAAUUUAUCCGGCAGCUCAAGCAGCUUCUUUCAUGUGGUAAUACCAAAUUUGAAGCAUUGGCAGUUGUGAUUCAGCACCUGCUGUCUGAGCGAGAGGAAGCACUGAAACAACACAAAACGCUGUCUCAAGAACUUGUUAACCUCCGGGGAGAGCUGGUUACUGCUUCAUCCACCUGUGAGAAAUUAGAAAAAGCCAGGAACGAGUUACAAAUAGCUUAUGAAGGAUUUGUCCAGCAGCACCGAGCCGAUAAAAUAGAACGAGAGAAUCAGCUUAAAGAAUUUUACACCAGGGAAUUUGAAAAGCUCCAGAGCACUUACAUCGAAGAAGCAGAGAAGUAUAAAACUCAGUUGCAAGAGCAGUUUGACAACUUACAUGCUGCCCAUGAAACCACUAAGUUGGAAAUUGAAGCUAGCCACUCGGAAAAAAUAGAAUUGCUGCAGAAGGCCUAUGAAGCCUCACUAACAGAAAUCAGGAAAAGCCAUGAAAUUGAAAAGAAAGCACUUGAGGACUUGCUUAAUAAGAAGCAGGGAUCCUUAGAGAAACAAAUCAAUGAUCUGAAGAGUGAAAAUGAUGAUUUAAAUGAAAAGUUGAAAUCAGAAGAACAAAAAAGAAUAUCAAGAGAGAAAGCAAACUUAAAAAACCCUCAGAUCAUGUACCUGGAGCAAGAAUUAGAAAGCCUGAAAGCUGUGUUAGAGAUCAAGAAUGAGAAACUACACCAACAGGACGUCAAGUUAAUGAAAAUGGAGAAACUGGUGGAGAAUAACACAGCGCUUGUUGACAAACUGAAGCGAUUCCAGCAGGAGAAUGAGGAAUUAAAAGCCCGGAUGGACAAGCACAUGGCAAUUUCAAGGCAACUUUCCACUGAGCAGGCCGUUCUGCAGGAGUCGUUGGAAAAGGAGUCCAAAGUCAACAAGCGACUGUCCAUGGAGAAUGAGGAGCUGCUGUGGAAGCUGCACAACGGGGACUUGUGUAGCCCCAAGAGGUCCCCCACCUCCUCGGCUAUCCCUUUGCAGUCACCACGGAAUUCUGGCUCCUUCCCCAGCCCCAGCGUCUCGCCCAGAUGACGCUUUCUGAAAGCUGAGAGACCGUGUGACAGCGCUGAUACAGGUCUGCAGGACUGACCCUACAGCGAGCACGGGAGCAAGAGCCACGUCAGCUUCCGCGCAACUACGGCAGGACAACUGGAAAGUAACCACCGCCAGAGUCGGCCACUUAUGAGACUGCAACUCUGGAGGAGGACUUUUGGCUCGGUCCAAAAAAGAUUUUGGAAUUGACAUGGACGUUGUUGCACAAAGCACUUAAAGAACUAGAGGAUCUUGUUCAUUGCCUUUUUCACCUAAGCAUAAGGGGAAAAACUCUCAGGGGCCUAUUAAGAUAAAGAUUUAUAACCUUUAUAAUGUUCGUUACCACAGAUACCUUCUUGUGAUUGUUAUUUUGGUCUGACUGUGGGUGGGGGCGUGUGGAUGAGACGGAUGUAACAGUGUCAUGUGUCUGUAGCCUUCUCUGCUGUGUAUGAGAAGUCAAAAGCUGAAUGUGUCUGGAUAUGUACUAACCGAACAGUAGUCAGUGUACCCUCUUUGACAAAAGCCAUAGAAGAAAAAGCAAUAGUUGCUUGAAUUAUGAUUAUCCACUCAGUCCUUCGACACGGUGGGGACAGGGAAUGACAGGAGAAGCUUCGACUUGUCAAUGUCCACACAUUCUCUGUGUCUUUUUGGAGUAUCUUGGUGGCAGUUUUUCAGUGUUUGGCCAUGUCAGAUGAAACUAGCUGGGUUUUUCUGUGGAUUCUAAUUUACCCAUGUCAGCCUGACACCACACUAUGAUCCAUUUUCUCUGGCUAUGAGCAAACGCAGAACCCUAAUUUUUCUUUAAAAAAAAAAUGUAUAAAGAAAAAGGGCAGUUCCAACGAAUGAAUUGUUCUGCCUUAUUUUUACCUUGACCUAAACUGUCCUUACAGAUUUAAACUGUUGUCUUCUCUCCCAUUAUCCUCAUUUCUCCCUUUCCUUUCUCUACCACCCAGAGCCACAAAAGCAAACCUUCUACCUCCUACCUGCUUUUCUCUGGGACUAGGAUAAGGGAAUAUGCUUUUCCAGAGCCAGCUCAUCUUCAAGGUGCUGAAGCCACUUUCCAAAUAAACUAAAGCCUGGAUCUGAUACUACAAAUUUUGGAAAACCUUCGAGAGAUAAAGAAGGAGAAAGAGAAAGUCACUGACCAGUAGAACUAAGAAAGACAGGAUUCAGAGCUUACCGGUGGGUAGAAGCACCUUGACUAAUACGGCAAGUAUGCAGUAUUUAAUACAGCAGAACCGUCUGGGAAGAGAAUGCUCGUUUUUCAGGUACCCUUUGAGGAAUACUCUGUCUCUGGAAAGGCAGCAGAAUGGCCAGCUGAUGAAUGGAGAAUGUGGCUUGGACAACUCUCCUCCAAGUUGCAAAGUUGCAUUUCAAUUUCUUUUCAAAACUUCACUUACUACUUCCCCCAAUUCUAAGACUUUGAGGAAGGUGGAAGGAAGAACUGUGGCGUUUUCUCCCUCCCUGCACGUGUCAGCAUUGCAAUGUCAGUAUUUACUAAUCUGAGUUCAGUGGCUGUACAAAUAACCCCUAUAGUAAGAACAGAUUCAGGAUACUAGAGGUGGAUAUUUGAGUCGUCAUUUACAUGUACACUACAUAGCAAAUUGAUAUUCACGAUGCAUGUUUUUUUUAAAUUAGUGAUUAUGUCUGAAGUCUUUAACUUCCAAUAGUUUAUUAUGUAUGUAACCUUCCAUGUUUGCUUCUGAUAAAUGGGAACGUAGGCUCACUGCCACCUCCUGGAAUAUCUUUGCUCAUGCUUCCAAGUUCUCAAUGACAUCAGUCACAGUCAAGUUUGCCAUUCAUCCUAUAUGCAUGGUGAAUCUUAUGCUGUUCUUUGCUGUCCUCCAUACCAUUUAGGUGUCUGGGAAAUAAGUCUUACAGCAAUUAACAUAAAAUGUCUUCAGAGGAUGGGAGACAACAUGAGAGAAGAUAGGAAACAAAAUAGAGAACUUUAAUUUUUCAAACCAAAUGUUUUAUGUAGGAUGCAAAAUGUUGGCACGUCAUAAAAAUAUGGAUGUGUAAACAACUGUAGUUGUGCUCAGUUUUUAGUAAUGGGAACUGUAUUUUACUUUGAUCAAAUAAAUAAUGCUGGAAUAUUCAAUAUAA